CUGCUGUGUUUCUCUUAUAUAUCUCCACAUCAGUCAUUGUUUUAGGUGUUGAGUUACAGAAAUCCAAAUAAGCCGUUUAAUAACAUGACAAAUUAACAUGACUUUUUAUAACAUGACAAGCAAAUAAAAAGCACACCCUCACUGAUGUAAAACAACUCAAAGUUAAAAUAAAGAAAAUAAAGAACACCCAAAUUAACAGCAUUAAAGAAUUAACAUAGAUAAAUGGUUAUACCAGUUAGUGUUUCUGAACCCUGUUACUGUAGUACUUUUUCUGAAUUUUCCUUUAAGCUAAAAUAAAUUUUGUUGCCACAGUAUUUAGAUGUUUAUUCCAAAAAAAUGUCAAACAUGAAAUACAGAAUAAAACUUUAGUAGAAUUACAUUUUAUACACCGACUUCAUAAUCUGACACUUUGUGUAUAUGAUAAAAGACGUAAAGGAAGUAUGUGUAAUACUUAGGACUAAUGUCUUAAGAUUUGUUCUUCUGUUACCUGAUUUCACAAGGUUCGCUGAUGAUGCAUCACCUCCUGCCUCUCGCUGCUCUCCUCCUUCUGUCCAUCAUUACCACUGAAACUAAAGUGGUGACAUCAGUGGAAGACUGUAAUGAGUUUUUUCUGCAGCAAACUCCACCAACCAUCCCAGGAAUUUUGGAGGGAGGGAACAUCCGAGAACAGAACAGAUACAAACUGAUUUGCCAGACUUUUGAAGACACCAGAACAUUUGUGACGCUGUACGACACCCAGAACAAGAUUCCAGUGUUUUCUGCUGCAAAGUUCAGAGGGAGCGCAGCUGGAAGACCCAGCCACCCAUGGAUGAUUGAACCACAGCUUGAAGACCCAGAUGAUGUUGACAAUAUGAGACAAGCAGACAAGAACAUCAACUAUGAACACCAGGCUGGAGACACUGAUUACAAUCCCUACAACCAGCAAGGGUUUGACAGAGGACAUUUAUUUCCAAACUCUUAUGGAUCCAAUCCAACUGAGAAAAGCUCUACCUUUACCCUGACUAACGCUGUUCCACAAAACAAAAGGUUCAAUCGUGGAAAAUGGAAAAAAAUGGAGCUCUGUGUCAAAAGAUUUCUGGAUGAAAACUGCAUUAACAACAAUAACAGAAAAGAAGGCUUUGUAGUAAUUGGAGCAAAACCUAGUGACAGUGCGAGUAGUGGCAGUAGCUUACUGAACAACAACAAGAUAAAUGUUCCUUCAGUGCUCUGGUCGGCCUUCUGCUGCUACAGUCAUAGUCAGAACAAGUGGCUGGCAGGUGCACACUGGGGUAACAACAGACAUGAUGACCUUAACUAUCUGGAGACCAAGACUUUGGGAGAACUUCUCACAACCGAGGGAAUUGACGCAUUUCCUGGAACACGAUGUCCUAAAGACUUAACUGUUCCUCAGCUCUACUCAAAAUGUCCCUUUAAAUCCAAAAAGCGCAAGGUGAUUGUGAGUCAUAAGGUUCCCCGUAAGUGUGUUGGAAAAAAAAUAUAUUGUGGGGCUAAAAAGAGAAAUUCCAAUCAUAAAACCUGCAUUUUCCAAAAAAAAAAAAGAAACCUACCAGGAAACACUGUGUGAGAAUGAAGGGUUGAAUUGAAAGGGAUUACUGUUUUUCGUGUGCUGCAGCUACUUUAGUUUAGUAAGUAUGUAAGCUUUGCUGCUUGGUUUCCUCAGAUGACCAACAUGCCUUUCAAACAUAUAUACUGUAGCAUUGGUUUAUGUUUUGUAGAUUUGAUG